GAUGUCUACCGAUUCGUAGGAAUUGAUGAACAUCCCCCCUUGGGAAGAUAUUAACCUGUGACCUUCACGUUCACGUCCCAAAAACCAACCAAAACAUGGCGGCCUCUUUUUCAUCUCGGGUCUUUGGAAUUCUUAAUUCUACAAGGCGAUUGCAACAAAAUAUUGCUGCAAGGCAGCUGUUUCAUAGAACAACAUUUAAGAUGUAUGCAAGCGAUGAGGAGUUCAAUGUAGCUAAAGAACGUGUCAACCUCCUGAAGGAAGACCCAGGCAAUGAAGCCAAGUUAGAAAUGUAUGCACUAUUCAAACAGGCCACUGUUGGAGCUUGCAACACAUCCAAACCAGGUGCUUUUGACUUCGUGGGUAAAGCCAAAUGGCAGGCAUGGACCAAUUUAGGCUCUCUUAGUCAGGAGGAAGCAAAACAAAAAUAUGUUGAUAUAGUCCAGCAGCUACUUGAUGAACAGGGAGUAAGUGUAGAUGGCUCAACAGCUACAGCAGAUGUUUCUUCUGCGGAGGAGUUCAAAACUUUGAAAAUAACAGCUGAAAAUGGGAUUUACAAAAUCGUGCUGAAUAGACCGGACAAAAAGAAUGCUCUUACUUUUGAAAGUUAUAAUGAACUUGUGAAAGCACUGGAUAUUGCUGGUAAAGAUCCAAGUAUUGUUUUUGCUACUUUAACAGGAGCUGGUGAUUAUUAUUGCAGUGGCAAUGAUCUCAAUAAUUUCAUGUCCGCCACUCCUGAAACGAUGAAAGAUAUGGCGAAGGAGGGAGGCGAAUUACUCAAUCGUUUUGUUUCUGCAUUCAUUGAUUUUCCUAAACCCUUAAUUGGAUUGGUGAAUGGUCCAGCUGUUGGUGUAUCUGUCACCACCUUAGGUCUGUUUGAUGUUGUAUACUGCACUGAUAAGGCAACAUUUGUGACACCAUUCUCAGCUCUUGGACAAAGCCCUGAGGGAUGCUCUUCAUAUGUCUUUCCAAAAAUAAUGGGAUCUGCCAAGGCCAAUGAGGUGUUAUUGUUUGGUCGUAAGCUAACAGCUAAAGAGGCAUUUGACAGGGGUCUGGUUACUGAUGUUUUUCCGGAUGAUAAAUUUCAAGAGGAAACACAAAAAAGGGUGGAUGGAUAUGCUAAGCUGCCGAAAAAUUCAAUGAGGCUGUCAAAGAACUUGAUCAGAAGCACUGAGAAAGAUCUACUUCAUAAAGUUAAUGAUGAAGAAUGCACACUGCUGGAAGAGAGAUGGACAUCUGAUGAGUGCAUCCAAGCAAUAAUGAACUUCUUCACACAGAAAUCCAAACUUUAACCAAAUGCAAUAUUUCAACUUGACAACUAUAUUAGCAAUGCAAUAUAUAGAGGUUGGAGAGGUCAGGAUAAAUAUUAUAAUUCCUCUGUAAGUUAUUUAAGUACAUUGGUAACAAGCUAAUGUGGGCUUGCAGAAAAACGAAGAUUAGUCAGCAUAUGCAAGGUAAAUUUUGAAAGACAUCCAAGGAAUUCAUUCUGAUUAAGAGUUUCUCUUUCUAUUUGAGUUGCGUAUGUGUACCGUCAAACUUUCAAUUAUUGUUACAUAGGACGUGAAAUAUUUCCAGAAUUUAUGUUGGAUAUGUGAUGAAUUAAUAAAGAUAAAUACAAUAUAUUAUACAAGAUUUUAUUGUUGAAAAGUUAUUUCAAAGACCUUUGUUUUUAUUAU